AUGACUGUGGUGUUCCGAAGUGAUUUUGUGAUCACCAACAGUGGCUUUUAUGCUCUGUUCAAUGCAAUUCCGCAGGGCGAAAGAGAGUCAGGGGCCUGGGGCACCGUGUGUGACCACCUAUGGGACCUGAACGAAGCUGAGGUCGUGUGCCGACAGCUGGGGUGUGGAAGGGCCGUCGCUGCCCCUGGAAAGGCCCACUUCGGCCUGGGCUCUGGAGACAUCCUCCUGGACAACAUUCAGUGUUCGGGAAGCGAGAACCACCUUGGCCCGAGCGCUGGCUGGUCAGACCACAAUUGCGGUCACCAUGAGGAUGCUGGCGUCAUCUUCUCAGGAGGAAGUCACUUUUGUGGGGGAGUCAUUUCAAGUCUCUCGGGCUCCUUCUCCAGUCCUUGGUAUCCAACAAACUACCCCAGUGACAUGGAGUGUGUCUGGGUGAUACACCUGGCUGAGAAGUUCCAUGUAGAGCUGACAAUCCCCAGCCUGAAAUUAGAGGACAUCUGUGGGUGCCCUUACGACUUCAUCGAAGUGUUCCAUGGACAGCAGGUUGCCUCGCUCUCCAUGGGCAGAUUCUGUGCCGGGGCAGGGCUCACGUUCGGCUCCUCGUCAAACAUCCUGACCGCAGUGUUCAGAAGCGACGCCAUGAUCACCAACACAGGGUUCCUUGCCCCAUACAACGCCAUUCAGCAGGACGAAAGGGAGAGUGACGCGGCCCUGAGACUGGGGGACGGCAGUCACAGGUGUGAGGGCCGGGUGGAGGCCCUCUACGAUGGCACCUGGGGCACCGUGUGUGACGACAGCUGGGACCUGACGGACGCCAGGGUCGUGUGCCAGCAGCUCGGCUGUGGCGCGGCCUUGUCAGCCCCGGCGCAGAGCUACUUUGGUGGAGGCACUGGCCACGUCAUGCUGGACGAUGUGCGGCGCACGGGGAAUGAAUCCAGGCUGUGGCAGUGCACGCACAACGGCUGCUUCUCCCACAGCUGCAGACACCCAGCCGGCGUCGUCUGCUCAGGUGGGCCCCCCCGGGACACAGCACACCUCAGGGAGAGCCUUACCCCCCGGCAGCCUCUGGGAAGGGAGACGUCAAUUACUCAGAAAGGGGCUGUGGGCUUCAAGCCAUCUUUUCAAGUCAAUUUGCUUAAGAGAUUGGAAAACUUCUACGGCUGUCCAUACGACUUCAUCGAAAUCUUUGAUGUCCCACAAAGCGAAUCUUUUUCGCUCGGGAGGUACUGCUCCAGCCCAACCCCAAUAUUUACCUCCUCUGCAAAUCACCUGAUGGUGGUCUUCCACAGCGACGCCAUCGUCACCAGCGUCGGCUUUUCUGCAUCCUACGAGUCCCUCGUGCAAGACGAGAACAAUACCAAUGUGGCGCUCAGGCUGGCCAACGGCAGCCAGCGGUGUGAGGGCCGCGUGGAGCUGCACUUCAACGGCAGCUGGGGGACCGUGUGUGACGAUAGCUGGGACCUGCAGGAUGCCGAGGUGGUGUGCAGGCAGCUGGCCUACGGCGGGGCAGGGUCUGCCCCCAGGAGGACGAGAUUUGGCCGAGGCCUGGGCCCCAUCACCCUGGAUGACGUGGACCGCGUGGGGACCGAAGACAGGCUGUGGCAGUGUCUGCGCAGCGGCUGGUUCUCCCACAACUGUGGCCACCACGAGGAUGCUGGCGUUGUCUGCUCAGCUCAGAAAAACCCCAGCAUUACUGUGGGAGAAAAUGGCCCUGCCGGAAGUGCCUUCCUCCGCAGCCUCAGGCCGCACAAAAGGCUGCUGCUGGAGGGGCCUGAUGAUGUCCAGGUUCACCUAGAAAAUCCGUGGCUGGAAAGUCUGGGCCUGCGGCUGGCAGACGGGUCGAGCCGGUGUGAGGGCCGAGUGGAGAUCUACCACGCCGACACCUGGGGUACUGUGUGUGAUGACAGCUGGUCCAUCGAGGAUGCCCACAUGGUCUGCAGACAGCUUGGCUGUGGUCCGGCCAUGUCUGCCCUCCCGGGGGCCAGCUUCAGCCCCAGGGCCGGCAGCACCCUUCUGGACAAUGUCAACUGCAUGGGCAGCGAGUCCUCACUGGGGCAGUGCCCUCACAGCGGCUGGUUCACCCACAACUGCAGGCACCACGAAGACGCUGGUGUCAUCUGCUCAAGCUUUGCUGAUGAAUCCAUCUAUGUGAUUCCCCCCAAAUCCCUGUGGUACCUGCAAGGUCAUGCCUGCGGCCUCAUGCCCUCCAGCUUCUCAGCAAACUGGCUCCAAGUGGGGGGCAUGAAGCAGAGGUCUCUGCUCAUGAAGAAAGUGCUUGUCAGGGAGCCAGGAGCACUGGCCACCAACUUGCCUCUCUCCUCCCGGGAAAGCCUCGGCUCUCUCAGCUACUCCAACUCCAUCAGAGGCCGAACACAGGGCCACCGUGGCCAAGACACUGUACGGCACAAGGUGCCUCAGCUCAAGUUCACCUGCAAGGUGGACGGCCCGUUAGCAGUUGAAAUUGUCCCUGGGGCUGACGUCCCAAGGGAGAAUGCCAGCUACGAUGUGUCCAUAUCAUUUCUCGAGUUGCCCACGUCCCAGCACGUGGGGAGCAUGCAGCCACACUACACCAGCCAGAGGAAAGAGGUCUUCCUCCAGGUCACACUCCAUAGCCCCAAUCCCUGCCUGUGGCUCUUUGUGGAUACCUGUGUGGCUUCUCCAGAUCCUGGUGAUUUUACAACUGUCAAGUACGAUUUGAUCCGACAAGGGUGCAUCAAAGACAAUACUUAUGUCAACCUCCACUCCCGAGAGAAGAACAUAGCCCAGUUCAAGUUCAACGUCUUCAGCUUUCUCACCAGCUAUGAUGUGAUCUAUAUGCAGUGUAAAGUUGCCAUGUGCAAAGUGGAGGACCACGCCUCCCGCUUCUCCCAGGGCUGUGCAGGGCAGAGUAAGAGGGGCACAGGCCCCAUGGAGGCCACAGUAGAGCACACUGAGUAUUUCCAAAUGGUGGGGCCACUGGAGAUCCACAAAGGAACUGAUCGAAGAAAGGCCCUUGUGUGA